AUGGCCACCAAAACGAAGUUAACCCGGCUCGAGUCCGAGUUGGAGAAAAGCAGAGCAGAGGAAAACUGGAAGAAGGCAGAAGAGCUAGCUAGACAACUCUCAGUUAAAUCCACAGGUCAAGAAAAGCUUUUGGACUUCAUAAUUGGAGAAAGGAAGUUGGAGACAUAUUUGCAAGAAAAUGCUCCAAAUGAGAAAAACAUUUACCGUGCCAGAAGUCAGUUGUCUGAAGCAGAGGAAUAUCUGGAGCCAGUAUGCCAGAGUGACUCUAAGCAAAAGUUAGAAGCCCAGCUGCUCAUGGGCAAGAUUCACUUUGCCAAGGGAGCUUACCAGUAUGCACUGAAUUUGUAUGACCAGGCUGGGUUAGAAACACUGAAUCUAAGCACUGCCUCCACUAGGCUGCUGCACAUAGUGGCUGAGGCAUUUGCUGUAAAAGGUUUGUGUUUAGAGAAGACCCAGCCCACAUCAACAAGUAAAUACAAAGCUGCUGAGAGAGAGGAGAGUAUCCUGUCUUGUCUACAAAAGGCUGGAGACUUGUCCAUUUAUUACCUACAGGAGAAGGAGCGGAUCAUUCACCAGGGAGGGUUGACAGGUGCACUGGUUGUGCCACCCCCUGGUUCAAGUGGUACCCCCUCAAGUGAGGGAAAUGACAAACCAGAUCACAUUCUGCAGACAGCCAUCCAGAGGUCUCCUAUCAUUUAUAUCAAAAAUGGACAGUUGCGGGAAGGAAUAGGAAGGUUCAGGGAACUGUUGACGGCUGUAGAAUCCAGAUUUACACAAAACCUCCGGCAGGUGCUGGCCAGGCAGCUAGCUGAGGUUUUGCUUAGGGGAGUUUGCCAGAAGACGUAUGUACCUUUUGAAGAAAACAAAUCCAACAGUGAGACUAAUCCCAAACCCAGAAAAUACUCUGGCGACAGACUCUUCAGACCCCGUGAUGAAAAUGAAGAGACUUUGCUCCUUUUGCUGAUCUCAGAGGCUAUAGCAACCCGUGACAAUGUAUUGAACCGUUCCCCAGACGUUACAGAGGCUCGCCUCCACACAUUUCACACGACCAUGGCCGUGUACGAUCUCCUAGCCAUAGCAUUGGUCAAAAGAGCACAGUUCAACAUACUGGCUGAGUCAUUUGAGAGAGCUAUGAGAUUUUCUUUUGAUGAAUUCCACAUCUGGUACCAGUUCGCACUAGCUCUUGUAUGUGCUGGUAAGCACAGUCGAGCGCUGCAGGUUUUAGAGAGUUGUACCCAGCUUCAGCCAAACAACCCUGUGGUUCCUCUGCAAGCUGCCAAAGCUUGCUAUGAACAGCUCUUCCAGUAUGAAGAGGGAAUCCGAUUCUCAGAGAAAGCCAUACAUAUCCAUCAACAUCACCCUCUCUUGUCACGAGCUUUUGUCUCCUUGGGAAUAGGGUACAGCAUGAAAGCUACGGAAAUGAAACUUCAGGGAGAGAGACAAAUUUACCAGAAAAAAGCGCUGGAUGCGUUUUACAAGGCCUAUUCUGAGGACUCUAAUGAUUACCUGGUGCUGUUCCACUUGGCAAUGCAGCUGGCGAUCCUACGACAGAUUCCUGAUGCCAUUAAGUUUGUGAAACUGGCCCUGAAGUUGAGGAGUGAUCACAUCCAGUCAUUACACCUGUUAGUAUUACUGCUGACUGCCCAGAAACACCAUCAGGAGGCCAUGACUCUGUUACUGGCUGCUCUGGAUGAGUACCCUGACAACCUCAGCCUCUUGCUGACAAAGAGUAAACUAGAGGAAGUGUGUUGUGGCCCAGAGGAGGCGCUGAUCACCUGUAAACAGAUGUUAGAGCUGUGGAAGGGGCUGCAUGAGAUCGAGGAUGAUGAUGCCUUGUCUCAGAGGAAGUCAGUGCGUAUGGACCGAGCAACAUUUGACAGGAGGAGUGUGGCUCAGUUACAAAUGUCAGAGCUCAGCGAAAGGGACUCUGGAAAUUUACUCGAAGUACCUGCACUGUGGGAGAAGUCAAGAGCAGGUUCUAUCCGUGCAGAAUCGCUGGCAGCCUCGCGAGUAGAACAAGCUCUCUCAGAAGUGGCUUCCACGGUGAACAGCGGCUUCCAGCCCAGACCAGGACCUCAGCAGACCUGGUAUCUACAGGCGCAGAUCUGGCUCCAUCUUGCUGAGCUGUACCUGGACAUGGAUAAAGUGUGUGAGGCAGAAUCCUGUGUCAUAGAAACCUCUGGUAUUUUCCCGCUCUCUCACCAGGUGGCCUACAUGAAGGGCAGAGUGUUUGAAUACAAACAGAACUACUCUGAGGCCAAGUCUAACUACGAGAAUGCCGUGUCAAUCAACCCAGGCCACAUUAAAAGUUUACAUCAUCUGGGUUUGGUGCUACAUUACAUGAAUAAUGACAGAUUGGCAGAGAAAGUGCUACGAGAUGCUGUCAAUGCUGAUCCCACUUCACAUCUCUCCUGGUACAGUCUAGGUCAAAUCCUUCAGUCAAUAGGUCACCACCAGGAGGCGUCUCAGUGUCAGGUGACUGCGAUGGAACUUGAGCUAACUAGUCCUAUUGUCCCCUUUACAGUGAUUCCUCGCUGCCUGCAGUGAUAUAACAACAACAACAUUUUUAGCCAUUGUCCCACAUUUUAUUUCUCCGUCUGUGAUAGUUCAUGCCCUCGGUCGUUAUUUUUAUCAGGUGUCAGAUAUCAUGUCAUUCCCUCUAACAGAUAUAAUACAUGUACUUAUCAUUCAGCAUUGCACUGAAGCGAGUUUGUCAGUUGUUAUCAUUGUUAAGUACUAAAUCAUGGCAGCUUUUGAAGUGUUGUUAUGUUUUGAUGGCAUAUGCAUGUAUAUAUAGAUUUAUAAAUAUGCUGAGGACCAUGGACAAAAAGUGUACAUCUCUAGGCUAGCCAAAUAGCAUUGAACUCUUGGUUAAUUACAUGUUAGUACAAUACUGUAAUUCUCCAACCUUUCCGCAUGUUUGCAAGGUGUUUACUCAAGCACAUUCUGAAUGCAUUUUUCUGUGUUGACUGAUAAAAUUGCACUUUUCGUGAAGCCCUGAAACUGGCCAAUCCAACCAUGUAGUUUUGUCUCCAGUCAUAUUAAAAAUGUGCAUAAAUUGCAACUAGAAGUUGCUCUAUCAUAUGUGAAGGUUGAGGAAUUUGUGUAGGACACAAUACAAUGUUUUUAUACAAUACACCUUAAAUUAAAGUGUUCAUAGCUAUAUUCAGUGAAGUGCGAACACACAGUUAGAAAUUAUGACAAUGUUACUUGUUUUGAAUAUUAAAAAUGUUGAAUAUGUUUGAGGAUCCAAUUCAUCAAGCCAAUUAAUUUCCCAUCAUGCAUCAGUGUUUUUUUUGGACACUGUUUGUAAAGAAUUUCUCUGUUAGAGGUAGAUCAUCAUAUAGCUUAUAUGAGGGUAUGUGGUUUCCAUGACCUUUCAGGUAAUAUAUUUACUUUAUGAGAGUUGUACACUUUUAGUUCUGGACUUUUGAUAAGAGAUAGUGCUCCGUGUACAUAAAUUGAUCCUGUAGGUGUGGGCGAACUUAACCUCUCCACUAGUUCUACAGCAGUUGCUGUAACAUUUGACCAACAUCUUGUUAAUUGCUUUGAUACAGUUUGGAGGUAUUACAACUUUGAAUCACCUGAUUGAAUAACAAAGUUAUGAAUAAGUACAUGUUUUUUUCUAAGCCUUGGACUGACCAUUGGGCAUUUAUUGACUGUCACACUUUACAUUGUUUCAUGCACAUAAGUGAAAUUUAGCCUGCUUGUCCCUUUGUAUUAUAUGCCAAAAUUUAGGCAUUCAUUGGUGGUUUUUGUUUGUUUUUAUAUUUUUGAAGUGGCUUGUCUUGAAAGUGUUUUGUUUGCAAUAUUUCAUUCCUUGUCACACACCAUUUUGUCAUUACUUGAGACAUAUUGGAAGCAUACAUGCCUGAAAGUAAAUGUCUUAAGAAACUACAUGUUGACAAAUGGGGGAAAUUCACCUAGAAUAUAUCUACAUGCACAACAGGUUUUCAGGUAAACAAAUUUGAAUAGCCUAUAUACAAGCAUAUAUGUAGUUCACAGUUAUUUGAUCUUUAAAUUCAAAAUUUUGUGAUGUCCUGUCAUUUCUUUCCAUAGAACAACUUCAGGAUUAGAAUUUUCAUGUGUGAUUUAUGUUUGUCAGUACUAAUAUUAAUCAGUGUUCGUACCGAGGGUCAUAUUUUCUUAACAUCCAUGCUAAGGGCAGCUCUGAAAGUAUUAACAUUUUGACAUUUGACAUUUUCUUGUACAAUUUUAGACUUUAAGUAGACAAGAAUGACUGAUUUCUUAACAUGUUUGCACCCUUUAAAGCGGUUCUUUGUGAGCUCUGAUUUUACAUCGAGUUUUUCCCACUUUAAAUCCUAUUUUGACAUGUACCUGUGUAGACAGAAACAAGAUUCUAUUUUCAUGAAAGGAACAGGUCAUUAGACCCGUUCACAGAGCUUAGUAGAUGUGUGUCUAGUUUUCGGAUUAUUUCCCUCAUAGUAUUAUAACUUAGAUGUUAUUGCCGAGAAAAAACGGAUAUAAUUGGCAUGGUUGCUGUUUCAGGUAUACCUGCUUUAACCCAGUCUCUUCGGUAAUGUGGCCCGGCAUUAAACAACAUUACUGUCAGUAGACUUUGUGAUAUAAUGAUACAAUUCAUCCACCAUUAAACCGCGUGUGUAUGUAUAUCGAGAAAAAUACUUUAUUGAUACCUAUAGCUACCUAGUGUGAUGAUGUAUAUUUCAAGUUGUCAUACUUCAAAGUGCUUCACAUUUGCAAAUCACCUGUAUACCCCAGAAGAAUUGUCAGUCAAAAGGCUGGGUAAACCCUUCAUAAGAGGAGUCCUUAGUUCUAGCUGGGACUAAUAUUAGUCUCAGGUUCUAGGGUAUGACUCUUUAGAUAACCAUGAAGAACAGAUUUGGCACUAAUUCCAUGAAGCAUUAGUAUACGGGAACGAGAACUUUUCAAGUACGCCAAUCGUGAGUUUCCUUAUGAUGAAAUUGUUUCUUUCUGUUGGCGGUGACAUUGUGAUCAGCUGAAAAACUCAUCUAAAGUACAGACCAUUCAUUGUGGAGAAACCGCACUGGUGCUGCUGUAAAGGGUUGGCUGUUAUGUAACUUGCGCGGUCCAUUCAGAUGUAUGGUACCUAUAAUUAUCAGUUCGAUAUUUGCUGUACGUAAGUCAUGCAUUUUAGGAUAUUGUUUUUGUUCCAAACUUGCCGAGAUAAGCUGGUGUGUUAGGGUUUUUGUUGAGAUUUUUGUUUUCAAAUUAGAAUGCUGGCUUUAUCAUAAUAAAAAAUCUAUGACAAGUGUCGAGCUCAUAAAAAUCUGUCAAAACUUUCAGACUUACCUUUGGCUGUUGUUGUAAUUUAUCGCUCCAGACUUUUAAAAUAUACAUGUAUAGUUACAGAUUUUACUGAGCGCAAUACAAGUAUUCGUAUAUCAUUUAGGUAACUGUAAUUUAAUUAUUCAUUAUUUACUGCGAGAUUUGAUGGCCUAAUGGUAUCAGCAUUUCAGCUUGUCCCGGGACAACGUGCGUCGUUUUGGUUCCAAGCUGUCCAUAAUGGAAGUGUUUUGGGCGAAGGAGGCUGUGCUCAGUCCGUUUUGUUGGGAGCGGGUCUAGUAUAUUUUCACUGAACAAUGGGCAUGGUAUGAAUGGGCUUUCCUUCGUAUCUAGUAUUCUAUAUAUUCCUUAUGGCGUCCAUAUUUGCACCAUAGACGGGAGUUAGUGACCUUUCUGAAGAGCUUGCGGAGUAUUUGACAGUGUCUGAUCAUGGGUGAUACUCUUAGACAAAUAAUAAAGUAUUCACAUUUAUGAGAUUAACUAUUUUUUUCUCCUGAUCUCGGAGUUUCUUAUAUCUGCUUGAUGUCAAGCACGGGUGUAGUUACUUAAUCAUGAAAAAUGUUGAUUAUAUCUAAAAUAUAAGCCAUUUCAAGAUACAAGACCUCAGCAUGAAGCUUUGUGAUCUAAUUUGUUGUAAUCUAUAUUCAUGUAUAGCAAAUAUUUUUAAUAAAACCCGUGUAAGU